AAAUGCUUCUAUUAAUUCAUUACCCCUCAUCUCACAUGGAAUGAAGCAUAUUCACAUUUCUUCUUCCACAUGUACCUUCACAAUAACCCUCUUUGAUCUCUACUCUCCAGAGUAAAUUUCCCCAAUAUCUGACACCACUUCUUGAUUUGUUUCUACGAACCAAACAUAAACCAAACGCUAAGAGAGAAAAUGGGAGACCAAGGAGCACAACAAAUGCAACAGCCUGUUGUUGUUGUGUAUCCAAACGCAUACACUACACAAAAUUCAUAUCCAUCUUCUUCCUCUUCACCAGCUUCUUCUUCCUCUGGCUCACGCGGUUCCUUUGCGACGGUCUUCAUAGUCGUAGCCGUGAUCCUUGUUUUGUCGGCUGUGGCUUGUAUAUUCGGGAGACUAUGCAACCGCAUAAGCCGCGGGGCCAAGCAACAUCAUAGCAAACAGUCAAAACGCGAGAAAGGGUCAUCUACAAAGAGCCAUGAGAUUCGGCCUGUGGAGUUUGAGCCAAGGGAGAGAGGUGAUUUGGAGUUUGGUGUGGAUAUGAAACAUCAUAGGGAAAUUGAGAAACCCUAUGGAAGAGAGUUUGAGCCGAGGGAGAGAGGUGAUUUGGAUUUUGGUGUGGAUAUGAAACAUCAUAGGGAAAUUGAGAAACCCUAUGGAAGAGAUUACGAAGAUGACAUGGAACUCGGAUUUGAUAACAAGAAAGGAGAAAGAGGCGGAGGAGGUCCACCUCAACAUGGAGUGAGGUUCAAGUUACCUGAAAAUGAAGAUGGUCUUCAUGGUAAAGGCGAAAUCAGAAAUGGAGGUCCAGACUUCGAGUUCCGACCAGGACACUAAUGAUUUUGAGUUCUGUUCGCUAAGAACAAAUCACUUUAUGUUUAUGUCUUAUUUGCUGCCUUUCUAUUAUUGGUUUCUUUUGUGCUUUUCCUUGACUGGUGUGAAGUAUACACUAGAUACUCGCUAUAUAUCUAAUGUACUAAAUAAAUCCAUUAUUAAUAUGUAAAUUUUCAAAGUAAAUAAUUUUGUAAAAGCA